GAAACGGUAUUAGAACUUUUAGAGAUAACUCAAGAAGGUGAUCUGAUUCCUAUUAUUGAGCAACCCAUGUUUGGCACGAUAAAGGAUUUGGCUGUUCUUCAUUGCAACUUUUCGGGUCCUUUAUUAUGUGAUCCGGUUAAUGGAACCGCACAAAUGUAUCUUGGUGAUAAUAUAUCUGAAUUACAGCAUCUUAGAAUGAUACCAGGGCAAGAUGUUCUAGUUUGUUUGUCCGAUUCUGGAGUUUUAUCAUUUAUAGCAUAUACAGAAUGUGUAAAUGUACAUUUUAAUGAAGGUCAGCAAAAUGUUCAUAAAGGAAAGGGAAGGGUUGACUCUUCAAUCCCUUUAUCACAACCUACACAACCUGGUUUUGACUAUCAAGAACUUGGCCGAUUAGCUUCGUCAUCUCAACAAUACGUUUAUGCCGGUACAGAAAAUGGAGACUUAUAUCGGAUUGAUAUAAUUUCUGAUGUCCAGAUCGAAUAUACCCUUUUGCAGAAUGGAUUAAAUUCGAUUGGAACUGCAAUGACAAUGCUAUGUUUUGACCCUAAUUUCGGGGAUUUUGUCAUUUUAAGCGGGGAAAUGAGUGAUGGUACAGUUGUUCUGGCUGAAAUAGCUUGUAGUAUACCCAAUUGGGCACCAAUAUUAGAUUUCCAAAUGCUCGAUUUCCAUCAAGAGCGUCAUGAUGUUAUUUUUACUUGUAGUGGACGUGAUAAACACGGUUCUAUUAGGGAAUUAAGAAAAGCUGUCUGCGUCAAUAUAAUCACGCGAACAGCUGAUUCUUUUUUGGCUCUUUCGUAUGCCAAUUCUACGCGUUUAAUGAAAGUUAGUCAAGGAGAAUUACAUGAUAUUAGUGAGUACAGUGGGCUUGAUUUGGAAGUGAGCUCCUUAUGUGUGGCUUCUUUCAGUUCCGCUCCAGGUUUUGUAAUUCAAAUCCAUCGUCUAAAAAUUGUUGUAUCUGAGCCUAAAGUGGGAAUGGGCGCUAUCGUUGAAAACAAUUGUAUCACUUCAAGCCGAUGGACGUGGACUCCGCCCGAAAAUACGGUUAUUGAAGUUGCUGCGGUGCAUGAUUCGACCAUCGUCAUUGGCUUAUCAACCAUUAAUGGAAACGUCAUAGCUCUACUUCGUUUAGAUUUUGACGAUAC